AUUGUCAAUUGUCAAUUGUCAUAGCUUUUUGUUUGUUCCGAUGUAAUUAAAUUUCUGAUCGUUACCUAAUAACAUCAAAUAAUGUUCUGAGCAUCAAAUGUAGCAUUAAGAAAGGCUGGUGGCGUUAAGCUGUUGCUGCGACAGUGAUUCUUUACGGAACGACAAAAUUAUCAAAAUGACGGAGACGCGUCGCCUACAACUUCAUCUGGGAAAAUGCAUCGAAGAUUUAGACAAAUUACACAAUGUCCCAGACUUGAAAUCAAAAAGGGCUACGUUGUUAUGCAAAACUGCACAGAAACUGUUUGAGAAAGCUGAGGAGGAAAGGGACAGAGGCGAUGAGGAAAAUUCGUACGUUUAUUACAUGAAAUAUCUCCGUGUUGUAGCAUUCAUCAGCAAGGAUAAGGAAUAUUUGAAGGACAAAACUUACUUUAAUAACAUGCUUGGUGCUAAAAAUCCAAACAAAGCUAUUGAUGCUGCUGAAAAAUUAAAGAAGAGCUUAAUUGAUAGAUAUGCAAAAGAACAGAAAGAAAAGUGGUUGCAUGAUAUAAAAGAGAAUGAGUUGAUUAAACAGAAGAUAGAUGAAAACAGAAAGAAAGCUCUUGAGUCUAUUCCUGUCCAUGAACAACCACAAUCUUUAGGACUGCCUGGGCCAGAUGAAGUGACGAUAAAAAGUGAGCAACUGUAUUCUAUCCUGAAAAGUGGAAAAUUGAAAGUGAUGAUCCUCGAUGCGCGUCCUGGCGAUGACUACUUAGAAUCCCAUAUAAAUUAUCCUGCAUGUAUUAGCAUUCCAAAAGAGUGUAUGUCACCUGGGCAAUCAGCUAAUGCUCUGGAGCAGAAUCUUCCGGCAGCUUCUAGACCAGUAUGGGGAGAGCGAGCUACUAUGGAACUGAUUGUUAUGCUGGACUGGAACAGCACGGCUGUCAUACCAGGCGAAACCCUUCACUUGCUGAAGACUAUACUCCUAAAGUGGGAUGUGAAAGUUCAUUAUGCCCGUCCACCGUUAGCACUAUACGGUGGCUACGAAGAUUGGCUGUUAAAGUAUCCAGCGUUCACCACUAACCCUCACGCUGUGCCGCCCAGUCAAGACAGCAUGCUGGAUGAUAUGUUGGGCGAGAUCGACUACCCGAACUGGUCCGACCUGAACCCGUCUCCCCCGCCGGUACAGACAACGCCACCUCGACCCGCAAAGCCUGGGGAACCCGUAAUUGACCGCAGUAGUAAGAUGGCAGCUGUUCAGUUAUACGAAGAGCGUGCACGCAACAUGCAGCUCAUUCUAGAAGAACAGGAACGCAUCGCCGACACCUCUCUCACUCUAGAAAUGCAAAGGAUCGAAGCUGAACAGGACUGGGAGAAGGUGCGCGAGCAGCGCGAGCAGGAGCCGCGCGACGAGCUGCGCGCGCUCUACCGCUUGCGCGAGCAGGAGAUCCUCUCGCAGCUCAUGCAGCUGGAGAACAAACAGUUCGACAUGGAACAAGAAAAUCAAAGCCUUAGAGAGCAAUUAGAAGAAUAUCAGAAAAGGGAGAGGGAGGAGGCGGAAAAACUUGCAGAAACCCUACGAAAAGCUACGAAUGCACAAGUUGAUGCUCAAGCGGCGGAGGCUGCGGCGCGGCGGACCGCUGUAGAGGCUGCGGCGCGAGAGCUGGCGGCGAGACGCGCGCGCAUCGCCGACGUGCGCGAGCAGCACCGCCAGCUCGACCGCCGCCGCGAGGCGCUCGAGCUGCAGCGCAAGCGCAAGCUGGCCGACGCGCGCCGAGCCGCCAAGCCGCAGGAAGACGAUGGAGAUACUUUCAUGGAGUCAGCGGAAGACAGUUCCGAAAAUCAGGGCCUUAACCGGUCCCAGUCUUCGCCUAACAUUGCGAAGGCAUGGGGCGAGGAGGCACCGACAUUCGACCGUGGCACCAAACCCUCUAAGCUGGCGCCCGUCAACGACGAACCCCAGCGAGAUUUCCAGCCCGUCUGGGGAGAUGUCGGCCGGGGCCUGACCGGCCUGAAGAACCUUGGGAACACGUGCUACAUGAACUCCAUAAUCCAGUGCCUUAACAACACGGCCAUACUCGUCACCUACUUCUGCAAUAAGCAGUACUUAGAACAUGUGAAUAGGUCAAACAGUACGCGUGGCGCCAUUGCUGAGGAGUUGGCUGCUGUAGUGCGCGCGCUGUGGUCCGGCCAGUAUCGCUUCAUCGCCAUCAAAGAUCUACGGAACGAGGUGGGCAAGCACCAGCGCGCGUUCCGCGGCAACGAGCAGCAGGACUCGCACGAGUUCCUCACCAUUCUCAUGGACUGGCUGCAUCUCGACCUGCAGUUCUCCAUCAAACCGCCGCAGAAGGAAAGCCUGGGCGCCGCGGAGCGCGCGUGGCACGAGUACACGCGCUGCAAGGAGAGCCUGGUGCUGCGGCUGUUCUACGGACAGAUGCGAUCAACUGUGCGCUGCGUGCGCUGCGGCGAGCGCAGCGCCACCUACGACUCCUUCUCCAACCUGUCGCUCGAGCUGCCCGCCGCCGCCGCGCGCUGCACUCUGCAGGACUGCCUAAACCUUUACCUCAACGGCGAAACGAUACCAGGCUGGAACUGUCCAAAAUGCAAGGAGAAGAGAGACGCUGUCAAGAAGCUCGACAUCUCCCGUCUCCCGCCGGUCCUUGUGAUCCACUUCAAGCGGUUCUACGUAGACCCCAAGGAGUACAUGAGCAACACGUACAGGAAAAAGCAGACGUACAUCGACUUCCCUCUGGAAAAUCUGGACAUGAGCCAGUUCUCGCUGCACUGCCCCGGGAACCCCAUGUACAAUCUGUACGCCGUCUCCAAUCACUACGGAUCGAUGGAGGGCGGACAUUACACUGCGUAUUGCAAAUCUAGUGUUUAUGGCAAGUGGUACAAAUUCGACGACCAUGUAGUUACCGAGAUCCCGGCCACGGAAGUCAAAUCAAGCGCCGCCUACAUCCUGUUCUACACGUCGUGCGGCAGGUCGUGAUGAUGGCAAUGGUCAGUGGCCACAUUUGUAGCGACAAUUUGAACAGUCAAACAAACAAAAGCUACGCGAUCUAACCACUUACCGAAACCCGCGCAAGAUCGCAUCAGAUCGCGAAGAGUAGCUGACCAGAAAAAGCAGCAGAGACAAGGAGACUAUUAACCAAUCAGUGCAACCAACUUGUGGAUAUAAAGGAUCUUAUAUAAUAGUUUUGAAGCUGCCACAGCUAAUCUUUCCUACUUCUAGUAACGUUUUCUAUGUAAAUAAUGUCAAUAUACAUAUGUCUUUAUAGAUUGUUAUAACACAACAUUAAAAAUAUGAUACCCAAACUUGUAGAAUCUUGUUUUACAAUUGGCUUCGAAUUUGUAUGCAGUAUGUGAUAUUUUUUUAUUAAAACUUAUAAGCGUUUAAUUAAUUUAACAAUAUAAAAUAACAGACAAAUAUUCAUC